UAAUUCUGGUGACGUGCGUGAAAUUUCUCGAUACGUGGCUGGUUGACGUCUAGUGUUUCGCUACGUUCUCUCACGCAAGCUUGCAUUUACCUCCGGAAUUGGUGCUUCAACGCAGUUUUCUAACUAGAACUCUGUUAAAUCUAAUUACUCAAUAAAAAAUGGAUCAGAUCGCUAAAUUCGUUGAGCCUGGCAAGCAGUUCGCUAAGGAUUCUAUCAGACUGGUCAGGAGGUGCACGAAGCCCGACAGGAAAGAAUUCCAAAAGAUUGCCAUCGCGACAGCCAUCGGUUUCUGCAUCAUGGGUUUCAUCGGUUUCUUCGUGAAGCUUAUACACAUCCCUAUUAACAACAUCAUUGUCGGAUCAUAAACUCCUAGUUUUAGUUUAGAAGUAAUUCUCAUUCGGAGGUGGACGGGACUUACUCCAGGAAGUCUAAAAGUGUGACCAAGAGGCCAAGGGGGAGCAUGAGGCAGCAGCAUUACAUAAAAUGUUUGGUAUGCCCCUCCUCCCCUCCGCUAGACUUUCGGCGAAAUGAAUUUGCCCCACAGUUGGUCCAUUGACUGACAACGCUUUUAAGUUUAUCACAAUGAUGUUGCGAACACACUCUCAAUGUGACCGUUUUCGUAACGCUAGCUUACUACUAAAUGAGCGCUUUUCGCGAGCGGUGUGCGUCAAAUGUUGAUGCACCUUAAAAAUCAUGUUUAUUGUUGUCUUUUACACUCCAUAAAAUACCAAUAUUAUUAGAAAGUUACAAUUAUUUGAAAUCAUAAACAUUCCAUAAUCAUUUACAUUAAACUAAAUUUUAAUUAUAAAUGAAUGGUAAUUAGACUAAGUUCUGUCCACCUCCACUCUUACAAUUAAGGCCCGGACACUAAGUUAAAGCAUCCCAUUAUUUUCAUUUUAUAUUUUAAAUUGAAUGAAUAAAUUAUUCGACUU